AUGCCGACUCUCUUGUUCACGGUGGCUCCUCCGGGCGCUGUCUACGUCCAUGACCUGCUGACCUGCCUGGCAAAGUUCGACGAGGAUGUCUCCCUCGAGGCGACACCUCAAUUUCUUCGACUGUCAAGCCUGAACAUCUCAAAGACUGCCCACGCGGCCUUUACCCUCGACUCGUCCUUCUUUAGCAAAUACCACUUUUCUCCGGGUCCACGGACGACCUCGGGCCCGACGCCCUCAAAGCAAUGGUCUUGCAAGCUUCAAAUUCGGGCUCUGCUGUCCAUCUUCAAGCGCCGUCUGGGCGAUCAGCGAGACAAGGACACGGCCCUGGACACGUGCGACUGCGAGUUGCACGACAACCCGGACCAGGCAGAAUGUCGACUGGUGUUCCGAUUGAACUGUCGACAGGGUGUGGUCAAGACGUAUCGCCUGUUCUACGAGUCCGGCGAGAUCCUGCAUGCCGCGUUUGACAAAAUCGGCUCGACCAACUACUGGUCUGUGUCGUCGCGAACGCUGCGGGACAUCGUCGAAUACUUUGGUCCCAAGACCGAUCAGCUGGAUUGGUAUUUCCAGAACGGCAAAGUGACGUUCACGAGCUACACGGAGAAGAUACAAGCGGGAAGAGAGAUCCUCAAGCAGCCCAUGCACACGUCUGUGGCCCUCGAGCGAAAAGAUUUCAGCGACUUCAACGUCCAAGAAGGGCUACAUAUCGGUAUCGUGGUCAAAGACUUCCGGGCCAUCGUCGCCCACGCCGAGACCAUGCAUUCCCAAGUGACGGCGAGAUAUUCGCGAGGCAAUCGACCCCUGCAGAUCACUUAUGGGGAAAACGGACUCCAGGCAGAAUUCACCCUCAUGACGAGAGGCUCAGCGAAUGUCCCGAUAAGCACGUCGAGAACGGCGACCCCAGCUCGGGAUCUAUCCAUGCGCUCUGCGUCGCGCCCUCCUGAGGCGUCAACACAGACCUCCCACACCUCGGUUCAGAAUCCUCGACCUCCACAAAGUGCAGAUGCCACCAUGCCGCCUCCAGCACGCAGUUCCUCGCACAAUCAAGGUCAGACUACCCGGCCGAUAUCUGCUCAAGCAGAUCCGGAAGACUCGGGCCCUUCGCUUGCUGCUGCACCACCGACGCCCUCCAUCAGCAUCGACCCACAUAGCCUCUUCAUUCCCGCCGAUGACGACGACCACCAAUGGGACGAACCCAACUUUGAGGAAGAGCCCGACAUCGUGACGUGGGAUGAAUCCGCGGAUAAUGCGGCGUCGGCAUCGAACUCGACGCGUCGCAUUCGCGACUCCGAUUUCCAUUCUUUCGCCUCGAUACCGGCGCAGGAGCAGGACAGGGCGACGAGUCUGUCGAGAUCACGGUUUCCCGUGGAAAUUGCUCCGACCCAGCGACUUUCACAGGUGAAGGGGAUAUUUGACUGA